AUGUCGGGAUAUCAGAACAAGAAGAGAAAGCAGGACUUUCAACAGCCUCAGAGUGCUGAUGAGGAGGUCGAUACUUCGAGACCUUCGGCUGUCUUCACACCUACUGGUGGUCGUCAACAUACGCUGACCAUUGCGCUGCCUGGCAGUGUGAUUGCAAAUGCCCAAUCGCAUGAUCUCAAGACUAUGAUGGCUGCCCAGGUGGCGCGAGCAUGUGCAGUAUUCCAGGUCGAUGAAAUCGUCGUCUUCAACGAUGGCCAAUCGCAAAACGGAGCCCGUCCACGCAAAGGAUUCGAAGGGGACGGCUACACGGGCUACUCGGAUCCUGACGACUUCCUCUACCAUGUCCUGAGCUAUCUGGAAACACCCCCGCAUCUCAGGAAAACUCUCUUUCCCAUGCAUCCCAAUCUGAGAACCGCUGGAGCCAUGCCGAGUUUGGACAUGCCGCACCAUCUGCGUGCAAACGAAUGGUGUCAGUAUCGCGAGGGAGUCACGAUGGGUGCGGAUGCAGCAUUCGCAGAGCCUCACAGCAAGCGCAGUAAGGGUCACGCUGUCUCAACUCUAGUGGAUUGCGGACUUCCUGUAAAGACGCGCAUCCCGGUCGAAGUACCUCCUGGCUCUCGUGUCACAGUAAAGUUUGCAUCUGCCGAUGAGCCUCAGAUGGAUGGGUAUACUCCCUUGGAUGCCGACGCCGUCUCACCUGACACCCCGAGAGAAGAGACAGGCUACUACUGGGGUUAUUCAACAAGAUUGGCGUCGUCUUUGUCGGCGAUAUUCACGGAGUGUCCUUAUGAUGGUGGAUAUGACGUCAGUUUCGGCACAUCCGAGCGAGGCAUAACGUUAGCGUCUCUCUUGGGCGCAUCAGGCAGCAGCUCUCCAGUGCCACCAGUCCCAACUCAAUGGAGGCAUAUGGUUAUUGUUUUCGGCGGCGUCGCCGGUCUAGAGGUCGCGCUGAAAGCUGACAAGAAUCUGACAUCCAAGGGCGUCACAGAGGCCAAAGAUGUUUUCGAUUAUUGGGUUAACCUCGUACCUCAGCAAGGAAGCAGAACAAUCCGCACAGAGGAGGCUGUCUGGCUAGGGUUGAUGGGAUUGCGCACAGUGGUCCGAGACCGACAGGAAGCGGUCUGA